AUGACGUCCAAAGAACAAGAUUUUGACAGAAAGUUGUAUGAAUUGCUUGAAAGAAAACCACCUGGAAUAAGUGCCUCCAAAAUAAAAGACUUGACGAGAAUAGCAAUGACUAGUCCAAAGUCACUAAAUGUCUUUUCUGCCUCCGAUAUUUUAAUUAUCGCUGAAAAAAUUCAGCAAUAUAAAAACAUAGUAUACAGCGUACAGAAAUUCAUUCAAAGAUGUUCGGCCGAUUACAAGUUAGGAGCAUUAUAUGUAUUGGAUUCAAUAUCACAAGCGGCACAGAGACAAAAGACAUUGGUUGCUGAAAAAGAUAGCGAUGGUUCCGCUUGGUCAGGUGCUGAAUAUCUUGAAAGGUUUGAAAAAAUAUUAGAAGAAAUGUUUUUACACAUUAUGCAAUGUCCAGAACACGACAAGGACAAAGUGAAACGUGUUCUUGACAUAUGGCUUACCAAAGAUGUCAUAUAUGACAAGGAAUUAAUUCGAAAAAUAAAAGAUACCUAUUUUUCUCAAAGAACUGUGACAAAUCCUUUAGAAAACAAUGUUCAUGAGUCGCAAUCGAUAACAACACCAGUAUCACAUGGAGGUGAUCCACGAAUGGUUUCUGUGCCAAAUCAGCCAAAUAUAACGAUGUCGACAACUUUGGAUUCUUCAGCUUUAUUAGCUACACUAAACAAUUUAACUCAAGGAACUUUGAAUAUACCUCCAUUUUUGUCAUCAAAUCCAAUAACUGCUGCUACAACGCAACCUAUUAAUACGUCCAUCGCUUUUAAUAAUGUUGCUACUAACGCGCACGCUGUUCCUCCACAGUUUCCUAAUAUUACACAACCUUCUGUUUCUGCGAAUAACGGUUUUCUACAAUCUCCAGUUUCUUCAUCUAAUUAUCAAUCAAAAACUGUCACAAAUAAUUCUGAAACAACUAAACCAAAAGAUUCUUUAAACGAUCCUCUUGAUUUUGAUUAUGGAGAUAUGGAUGAAGAUGAAGAUGGUGAUAUAACUCAAUCAGGUGCAAAUGGUGAGAUAAAUAAUACUACUAAAGAGGCAAUCUUGACGAAUCCUAUAAACGUGAAACCUAUAAAUGUAAAUCAAUCGGCAACACCUACAGCACAACAACUCAAUCAGGAUCAAAACCAAAAUAUGACCAAUCAAUAUUUUCAACCAUCUCAAGGAAAUCAAACCAAUUCUUCACAGUCGGUACCACCACAACCUCCGCCACCAACAUCGGCUGCACCAUCACUAUUAAUGUCUGGUCAGCAGCCAAUUCCUACUACCAAUAAUGCUAUGCCACCAUUUCCGUUCCCACAACAACCUUGGGCAGGGCCUGCGCAGCAACCACCACCACCGCCACCCGGAAAUAUACCACCCCCUCAAAAUCAAUAUCAACAACCACCGCCAUUUCCUACUCAACCAUGGAAUGGUCAACAAGGACUUCUUCCUCCUCCAUCAUGGAAUCCAAUUCCUCCACAACAACAUGCUCCACCUGAUCAUUUUCCGAAUAACCAGGCACCUCAGGGUUACCCAAUACCUCCUCCAGGUCACCCAUUACCCCCUCCGGGUCACCCGUUACCUCCUCCGGGACAUUCUAUGCCUCCACCUCCAGGACAUCUUUUACAUCAAGGUCCUCCUGGUCCACCAACACCAGGCCUUCCUGUUCAACAUCAAGGUCCUCCACCCGGUCAUAUGUUACAAGGUCCUCCUGGACCACUACAUCAAGGUCCACCCGGACCAAAUCAUCAAGGUCCACCUGGACCAAACCAUCAAGGUCCACCUGGACAUAUGGAACUCCCUGUUGGAAUACCACAAGAUGAUUGUAUAGCAUACGCAGAUCCAAAUGUCGGAAGAGAUUUUAUUAAAGUUCUAAGUCGAACUCUUUACGUAGGUAGUGUAACAGAGGAUUUGACCAGAGGCGUUAUGGAGAAAAUAUUUCUUAAUUAUGGCAGAGUGUCUACUAUUACGAUUAAUUAUGAUAAAAAUCAUGCUUUCAUUAAAAUGGAAACACGAGCAGGUGCUGCCAGAGCACUUCAUAGUCUUAAAAUGCAAGUAAGCCAAAAGGGUAAACAAAAUUGCAAGAUUACGGUGGUACGUUGGGGUGUAGGUUUCGGACCUAAAAAUUGCUUUGAUUUUGAUUCGGGAGAAUCUUUAAUUCCACUUAACAGACUUACAGAAACAGAUCGUAAAUGGUUAUUUACUAGUGAGAGAGGUGGUACUGGUGGAAGGGAUAUAGUUGGGGGAAUUGUAGUUGAAGAACCGGACAUUGUAAUUGGUGAAGGAUUCUCUAGUGGUUCAGGGAAUAAAAAAUUAGGGCCUCAACAUGAAAGUACGCGUAAAGAAAGGCGCAGAGGACAUGAUAAAGGUGAUCGAUCAUCUAAUUCAUCUGAUUCUAGAAAGUAUUCGGAUGCAUCUUGGGAAGGUUCAUCUCCCAGGCGUCAUACAAGUAAAUGGGGAGAUACAUCGAAUGAUUCACCUUUUCAGGGAACAGCAUCUCCUCCUUCACAAGAACAUUUACCUGCGCAACAACGCUCACAUUCGUUUUCUCCAGGUUUAUCACCACGAACACCUGAUCAUUUACCACAAUCAGAAUUCGGUAGUUCAACCUUACAAUCACAAGAACAACACUUCCAACAAAGACGAGAACAAACUCCACAAACUUCUCAUAAAAGAGAUUAUUUUAAUUCUCAUGGAGAUACACCAGCUCGUGAAGGUAAAAAAAGUCGAUGGGAUAAAUGA